AUGAGAGCUGACAGCCUUCUUCUCCUUUCCUCUGCAGGUCAGGCUUCGUCCUUCACGCAGCAGCCCCAGGACCAGGUGGUGGUGGCAGGGCAGGCUGUGACCCUGCUGUGUGCCAUCCCCGAGUACAAUGGCAUCGUGCUCUGGAUCAAGGACGGGCUGGCCCUCGGCGUGGGCAGGGACCUCUCCAGUUACCCACGCUAUCUGGUGGUAGGAGACCACCUGUCUGGAGAGCACCACCUGAAGAUCCUGAGGGCUGACCUGCAGGAUGAUGCUGUCUAUGAGUGCCAGGCCAUCCAGGCUGCCAUCCGCUCCCGCCCUGCCAGGCUGACAGUUCUGGUGCCUCCAGACGACCCUGUGAUCCUGGGGGGUCCUACCAUCAGCCUGAGGGCAGGAGACCCUCUGAACCUGACCUGCCACGCGGACAACGCCAAGCCUGCCGCCUCCAUCGUCUGGAUGCGCCGAGGAGAGGUCAUCAACGGAGCCUCCUACUCCAAGACGCUUCUCCGUGACGGGAAGAGGGAGAGCAUCAUGAGCACCCUCUUCAUCGGCCCCUCCGACAUCCAGAGCGGGGACAGCAUCGUCUGCAGGGCCACCAACAAAGCCAUCCCCGGCGGCAAGGACACCUCUGUCACCAUCGACAUCCAGCACCCCCCCCUGGUCAACCUCUCUGUGGAGCCACAGCCAGUGCUGGAGGACAACACUGUGAAGUUCCACUGCUCUGCCAAGGCCAACCCUGCUGUCACCCAGUACAGGUGGGCCAAGAAAGGCCAGGUUAUAAAGGAAGCAUCUGGUGACUUCUAUGAGACCGUUGUGGACCACACCUUCUUCUUUGAGCCUGUGUCCUGCGAGGUCACCAACGCCCUGGGCAGCACCAACAUCAGCAGGACUGUGGACGUCUACUUUGGGCCCAGGAUGGCCACAGAGCCUCAGUCCCUGCUGGUCGACCUUGGCUCCGACGCUGUCUUCAACUGUGCCUGGACUGGGAACCCCUCCCUGACCAUCGUCUGGAUGAAGAGAGGCUCAGGGGUGGUGCUGAGCAAUGAGAACCAGCUGACGCUGAAGUCUGUGCGGCAGGAGGACGCCGGCAAAUACGUCUGCAGGGCGGUGGUGCCGCGGGUGGGCGCGGGGGAGCGGGAGGUGACACUCACCGUCAACGGGCCACCCAUCAUCUCCAGCACCCAGACCCAGCAUGCCCUGCAUGGCCAGAAGGGGCAGAUCAAGUGCUUCAUCCGCAGCACUCCGCCCCCGGACCGCAUCGCUUGGUCCUGGAAGGAGAACGUGCUGGAGUCAGGCACCUCUGGGCGGUACACGGUGGAGACAGUGAGCACUGAGGAAGGAGUCAUCUCCACCCUCACCAUCAGCAACAUCGUCAGGGCUGACUUCCAGACCAUCUACAACUGCACAGCCUGGAACAGCUUCGGCUCCGACACGGAGAUCAUCCGGCUGAAGGAGCAAGGUACGGAAAUGAAGUCAGGAGCUGGUAUGCAAGCAGAGUCGGUGCCCAUGGCGGUGAUCAUCGGUGUGGCCGUGGGCGCCGGCGUCGCCUUCCUGGUGCUGCUGGCCACCAUCGUCGCCUUCUGCUGCGCUCGCUCCCAGAGGAAUCUCAAAGGGGUGGUGUCAGCCAAGAACGACAUCCGCGUGGAGAUCGUCCACAAGGAGCCAGCCUCGGGCAGGGAGGCAGAGGAGCACCCAACCAUCAAGCAGCUGAUGAUGGACCGGGGGGAGUUCCAGCAGGACUCGGUGCUGAAGCAGCUGGAGGUGCUCAAGGAGGAGGAGAAGGAAUUUCAGAACCUAAAGGACCCCACCAACGGCUACUACAGCGUGAACACCUUCAAGGAGCACCACUCCACCCCUACCAUCUCGCUGUCCGGCUGCCCGGCCGAGCUGCGCCCGGCUGGCAAGCAGAGGGUGCCCACGGGCAUGUCCUUCACCAACAUCUACAGCACCCUGAGCGGCCAGAGUCGCCUCUACGACUACAGCCAGCGCUUCGUGCUGGGCAUGGGCAGCAGCUCCAUCGAGCUGUGCGAGAGAGAGUUCCAGCGAGGCUCCCUGAGCGACAGCAGCUCCUUCCUGGACACGCAGUGCGACAGCAGCGUCAGCAGCGCCGGCAAGCAGGACGCCUACGGCCAGUUCGACAAAGCCAGCAAGGCCUCCGCCUCCUCCUCACACCACUCCCACUCCUCCUCCCAGAACUCCGACCCCAGCCGGCCCCUGCAGAGGAGGAUGCAGACGCACGUCUGA